UCCCAGUUUGCAGAGAGUGAAACAAACAUGGCGACGGACUGGAAUGGGCAGGGGUACACGCUAACUUUAUUCGUUGUUUUGGGGAUUAUUGUGAGCGGACGAGCCGAGACAGGGGUCGGAGAGCUCGGUAGCAGCACCCGGAUCUUCGGCAUGCGGCUGGAGAGAAGCGACAAGCCGGCCACAACCACCGACGACGGAGUUAUCCAGGUAACUGAGGAGAGCAAUAUCCUCCUCAGGUUCUAUGGACAGCAGAUUGCUCCUGACACCUCGGCACAUAUCAAGUUCAUGGACCAAGACCACGGAGAACAUGACGACAGUGGCGCAGAAACAGGCAGAGCCACUUUUAAUAGGACUUGUGCCGACUACACUAAAGAUAUCAUCAUUAGAGGUGGUAUGAACGUGAGCAACCAGGGGACCUCAGGGGUGCUGAGCCUGAAAAUCAAGCCGCUCCGCAAGAGCGAGCCGAAGAAGGUGUACGGCUUGUGCGUCAAGGACAGCCAGGAUGGCAAGUGGUACCUUUUGGGGGAGGAUGAUGGGAGACUGCGGGUUGUGGAAGAGAAGAAGUCCCUUCUGCCAUUGUGGUUCCAGAUCAUUCUCAUCGCCUUCCUCCUGGUUCUAUCAGGAAUGUUCAGCGGGCUCAACCUGGGUCUGAUGGCCCUGGAUCCCAUGGAGCUCCGCAUAGUGCAGAACUGCGGCACCGAGAAGGAAAAGAAAUACGCCCGCAAGAUCGAACCCAUCCGGAGUAAAGGAAACUACCUGCUAUGCUCGCUACUUCUCGGUAAUGUCCUGGUCAACACCACGCUCACCAUCCUCCUGGACGAUCUCAUAGGAUCCGGUCUGGGUGCUGUGGUAGCCUCCACCGUCGGUAUCGUUAUUUUCGGGGAAAUCGUGCCCCAGGCGUUGUGUUCUCGACACGGGUUGGCCGUAGGAGCCAACACCAUAAUGGUAACCAAGUUCUUCAUGCUGGUAACUUUCCCCUUAUCUUGGCCCAUUAGCAAGCUGCUUGACUGCGUCUUGGGUCAGGAAAUUGGCACUGUUUACAACCGCGAAAAGCUCGUGGGGAUGCUGAAAGUAACGGAGCCCUAUAACGACCUUGUCAAAGAGGAGCUUAAUAUGAUUCAGGGGGCUCUCGAGCUUCGGACUAAAACUGUUGAGGACGUCAUGACAUCGCUGUCCAAUUGUUUUAUGAUACAUAGCGACGCGGUUUUAGACUUCAACACCAUGUCGGAGAUCAUGGAAAGCGGGUACACCAGGAUACCGGUGUUCGAGGACGAGCGGUCCAACAUUGUGGAUGUUCUGUAUGUGAAAGAUCUGGCGUUCGUGGACCCGGACGACUGCACAACACUGAAGACCAUCACAAAGUUCUACAACCACCCCGUCCACUUUGUGUUCCACGACACCAAGCUGGACUCGAUGCUGGAGGAGUUCAAAAAAGGUAAAUCUCACCUGGCGAUCGUCCAGAAGGUGAACAACGAGGGGGAGGGAGACCCAUUCUAUGAGGUGCUGGGACUGGUCACCUUAGAAGAUGUCAUCGAGGAGAUCAUCAAAUCAGAGAUCCUGGACGAAUCUGACCUCUACACUGACAACCGCAACAGGAAGAAGGUGGCGCCCAACAAGAAUAAGAGAGAUUUCUCCGCCUUCAAAAACGAGAGCGAAUCAAAAGCCAAGAUUUCUCCUCAGCUCUUAUUGGCUGCUCAUCGCUUCCUGGCCACAGAGGUGAACUUGUUCAACCCGUCUCAGAUCUCCGACAAGGUCCUGCUGAGGAUUCUGAGGCAUCCGGACGUGAUCCAGGACAUCAAGUUUAAUGACAGCGACAAGCGCUGUCCCCAGCACUACGUCUACCAGAGGGGCAAGGCUGUCGACUACUUCAUCCUCAUACUGCAGGUACACGCCAUACCCAUCCCUUCUGCCUUCUGCCUUUCUCUCUCUGCCUUUCUCUCUGUGUCUUUAUACCUCUCCGUCUUCCCUCCCUUCUUCUCUUCUUUCUUUCUUUCUUUCUUUCUUUCUUUCUUUCCUCCUCCAUUUAUUUCAAUCUGUCUCUCUGUCACUCACCUCACCAGUCUGUGUUCACCUCAAGUUUGGAAUGUUGUUUCAAUUUGUUUGUCAGUUUGUCUUAGUUCUGUGUUUCUGUGUCCCCCCCCCCCCUCUCUACUUCCUAACUCAGAAGAUCAGCUCCCUCCCUCAGUGUCGACGUCUCGCCCCCGUCACCUCUCUCUUAAGAGGUUCUCUCUCUUCUCUCGGUGGCCAGAGUUCCGCUCCCCGUCCCACCUGAGCGGUCUGAACCGGACCUCGUCUCUUGGAGGGGCGGACCGCCAGGAGUCCCUGUCGGUCAGCGGCAGCAGCAGCCAGCUGAACAGCAGCGCUCCCUCCCCACAGUACACCCCCGACUUCUACGUCCGAGCGCUCACCGACCUGCAGUUUGUCAGGAUAACCAGGGCCCAGUACCAGAACGGCUUGAUGGCGUCCCGUCUGGACAGCACCCCCCAGUCCCCCGAGAGUGGCCACACCCACCGCACGGAGGCCACGCCCCUGGUCGCCACCACGCCCCCGGAGGCCGCGCCCACGCCGGAGAACGGCACGGACGAGACCACCUCCCUCCUCAACGAGCAGAACCGCCCGCCCCCGCCCACUCGCACCGCCAACCACCACAGCCAAUCAGAAAGCAGCAUGUGACAUACGCCGACCGAUGCAGUAGGGAGAAAGGGACAUAGGAGUGACACACACACAAACAAGUAGACACAUCCUGCUCAAGCAGCAUGGUCCAAAGACACAGAACAGACCACCCACACUCCGUUUGUAUAUAUGUGCAAAGAUGAACGCAAAUACACACAUGGUGGCAUUGGCCACCCUUAGCAAAACAAACAAUUGAUCCUUACGUGACACAGAGACUCCUUCUACAUCCAUCAAGAGGUGUGUGUGUGUGUGUGUGUGUGUGUGUGUGUGUGUGUGUGUGUGUGUGUGUGUGUGUGUGUGUGUGUGUGUGCGCGUGAGCUAUACAAAGGCUUUCCCUGAGGGAGAAGGGGUGUGUGUGAUGGUGGUAGCUGUGGGACGGGAGGUAUUGCGUUUUACAUGAUUUAGAUGGUGUUUAUUUUUCUCAUUUUUAUAUACAAAGGGGCCUUGAUGCAUUUGUAAGAUGCCUGCACACACCUCCAAAGAUCAGUCGCUUGUUCAGCUCAUCACUCGGGACAAACCUGGUGUGUUCUAUGGGCUGUGUGUAUGCAUCCAUACGUGGGUGUGUGUGUGUGUGUGUGUCUACACCCUCUUUGCUUUCAGCCUCCUGCAUUGUCCGCUUCGUAAGGCCACCAACUCAGGGAGACACACACAUAAACAUCCCUUCUGCGCGUGUGUUGCCCGUUCCUGCCCCAUCUCCUCAUCCGACCGUGACCCCCCUCAGACGAGUACCAACAUGAGACAGAAUGAGUCAUAUUUUUUCAUAUGUUUUCAAGGGAUUCUGAACGAGGAGCGACAAAACCUAUUUAUUCAUUCGGCGUAUGCUGGCAAAACAACUCUCGCUCUCGAAUCCCUCCUGCACGUCACGUUCUUCAAGUCGGCGCGUUAGAGAGGGAACCGUCCCGACUUCCCCUCGGAUUCCUGUUCUGAAUCCCUAUUGGAUGCAGCCGGUCGUGGAGCGUUUCCCGUUUUUCCCCAGGAAGUGAUGAGGAUUCAAUCGAGAUGGACGAGCGGUCAAAGUUGUCAUUAAGACAAUCGACGUGAUAUGUCGGGUGCUUGGACUAUGACUGGGUUCCAGUAGUCUCAUAUAUAUCUGCUUUUCCUUCCCAUCUGUUCUCUUUCCUCUCAGAGGCCCCUACCUGCCCUCCUAGGAGAGAAGAAAAGAGGGGAGUGUUUGAGAGGGUUGGAACCAGGCCUUAGGGGGACUGGAUUAGCCCUGUAAAGGGGGGGUGGGGGGGGGGGGGUUGAUGGUGAGAUGUUUGGGGAGAAAGGUUGAGGGUCGAGUGGAAGUCGGGGAGGGGGUGACUGUAAUUGGGGUUCUGAUGGUACCCGAACACGGAAACUGAAACCAAAAGAUAGACCUCCACCAAAGACAAUCUACUUUCUUACAUGAUUGAUUGUAUUUAUUUAGCAUAUAACUGAAGUUGUGGUAUAUUCCCCUUUACAACAAAGGAAGUAGACCUUUUAUUGGAGCUGUUCAAAAGUUUGGGAACAGAAACGGUGGGAGCAGGCAGACUGACGGAUCUCCAAGAGGAUCACACAGGCAGUCCUUUUCAUAUCGCUAUGGUAACAGAGCAUCAUUCAACCCCCCCGAUUUGGGUUUUCUCUGUGCCUGACAGCUUUCACAUAUCUGCUGCAAGUGUCGACCUAGAUAUGGAAACGGAUCUGGACUUGUGCUUGUUGGAGAAGGAACAAGCACUCGCUACCAUGACUCGGUGGUUUUUAAUAGUGGGAUAAUAAGAGGCACAGUUAUGAGUCCAAAGAAUGGGAAAUAUGUUUGUGUGUAUGUAUGUGGGGGAGGGUAAAUUAAAUUCGCUGGAAACAAAUCUAUGGAAAAUGUUUACUGUGCAGGUUUGGUGUCAUGCAGGCAAAUUAAGGUAAUGGCUUGUGAAGGAUUUUAAAAUCAAAUUCAGAAUUGAUUAUAUGAUGCUGUUCAAUAUGUUAACUAGGACAUUACAGGUUGACAUUGUAAUAUGAUUUGGAAUAAGCCAAAAGAUAAUGUUUAUUGAGGUUUUCAGAUCUUGUAUUUCUUGUGUUAAUUCAAAAAACGGCAAAGGGUCUAGCAGUGAAUCGAGUGCUACUCAGUUAUCAGAAGUAUUCUAGAAAGAACAACAGGAAGUCUUAUGCUACCGAACCAAAUAUAGUCACAGAGGUAGUUUACACAGUAAUGAUCUUAGUACUUCUAGAAGUGACCCGGCCCAAGGCUUUAAGCUGCCUUAAUACACAUAGCUAUUAUAUUCCCUUACCUGGCCCUCUGGCACCAUCUUAUUGUGGUGAGACCAAUUAUUAUUAUUAUUAAUUGCUUAGGGUUUACCCAAGAAAAAAACAGAAAAGGUGUGUUCAUCUCUUUCAGUUCCGGUAAGAUCCCAUCCGGUUACUCAUCUUUACCUCACAGCGAAUCCUCCGUUGUCAAGCUUUUUUCACUUCCUCUUUCCAUGAGCAUGGCAGGCUUUGUGUUACAACUUUUGGCCUCAACCCAACACAGCCAAACCGUAGCACAGAAGCAAUCGGUACUCGUCUUGUAGAAUGCUGGGGUCCUCUAUCAUCUCCAUGGUGUGGAUUUCGCUUUGUUCGCUUUGCUCUGUAUUUUUUAUUUGUUUUACCUCAGAACACUGUCAGUAAUUGUGAUGAACAAUUAUUUCAAUUUUUUUUAUUGCUUUUAUUUACUUUGCUAUGUGAGAGUAGGAGUUUAUUCUGACUGGGUGAAAAGAAAUCAGUUAUUUGUUCUCUGGCAUGCAUUAACUUAAAAUAGAAAUAAUGUGUACAUACCGUUUUAUAAUUACUAUCUGAAUAUGUUUUGAAGAUGAAGAAAGUUCUUAAUAAACUGGAGAUCUUUUUCUCUACUCUGUAAA